AUGACCGACGGCGAGCGCAAGCAGAAGACCGCCCGUGUGACGCCGCCAGACGCGCUCGCGCUUCCGCACGUGGUCCAGGCCAUUGCGAUGUGCUUGAAGAACCAAGCGGACUUUAGCAGCUUUCUGCAUGCGGUACCACGCUCGCUCUGGACCCCGGCGCUCUCGGCCUUUCUCGACUGCACCACCGUGCUGCCAUCGUCGGUGAACGCCAACUGGCCGCGCAUUGUGCUGCACAAAAUGGACUGGCCGCCUUCGGUGUUGGCGCUUCUCGCGGCGACGCUGCCGCUGCGUCCACGCAUCGAACUCCAGUUUGCGGUCCGGGACGCAGCGCCACUGGCCUCGCUCGUUGCCGCCCUCGGACCUGCGCUCAGCAGCGUCAUUCUCAAUUUCUACGACAGCAUCAUGAUCCAAGGCCGAGACCAAGCGAUCAGCAACCUCCUCUCGCAGCGCUGCCCACGUCUGCGCCGCGUGGCUAUCUCGGUCCAAUCUUCUUCGGAGAAGGAUGCCGUCAAGUUCAUCGGCCUGCUCGCUGUCGUCGCCCACCCACUUGUCUCCGUCUCGUCUCUCUACCUCGAGGGCGUGACUACCGUGCCACGACUCGGGCACCUCUUGGCUUCUUGGCUCUCGACGGCGCCAGCGACGAAGCUCCGAUUGGCCAAUAUCGCGCAGAUGGACCAUGAGGGCGCCAUUGCGUUCUGCGAUACGCUGCAAGCCAACACAACCCUCCAACGGCUCGCCAUCGACAAAGUCCCCAGCCUCGGUGGCUUCCACGGCCGCACGCUCCCAGUGUCGUUGAAGACCUUGGCGUGGGAGAGCCGCCCCAACAGAGUCGUCGACGACACAACUCUGACGGACCUCGCGACCGCCGUCGGGCCCACGCAGCUCGAGCGUCUCGAGUGCAGCGCCUUUGGCCAGUUGGCAACAUGCCCGGCGGCGGCGCCGAUGCUGUCGCAACUCCAGUGCCUCAUGGUCUCCUGGUUGCACGCCAACUACAUGCCGGCAUUGAUCGCGGGCUUGUCGUCGGUUCCGGCGCUGACCUCUCUUUAUCUUUGCUAUUGCGACGUCACUUCGUCGACGGAGCUGCUCAUGGAGACGCUCGCGACGACGUGCGUGCAUCUCGAGACGCUGCGUGUCAUCGAUCCGCAGUUGACGCGCGAUGGAGUCACCGCUCUUCUUACGGGCGUAUUGCAAUUGCCACUCUUGACGACGCUGGACCUCCGGAUGCAUCUGCUGGAUGCGUUGCAUGUGCUUCCAGAGCUCGUUGCUGCGGGUCGCCACCUUCGCAGCCUCACCUUAAUGAACAUCGGGCGCAACAACUACGAUCAUGAGAAGCGAGCGAUCUACAAGGCGCUGGCGCAAGUCCCCGACGUCCCAUUUGUGGCCUACACGCUACCAGAGGACAUGGAUGGAUCCGUCGUCGACGCGCUUCGUCGACGAGCCGAUCGCCGCUACCAGUGCUACUUGGCUCUCUAA